AUGCGUGGAGCCGUCCUCUCGCGCACCGUCUCAGCCGUAUGGCAGCGCCGCCUGGCCAAAACGCCACUCCGCCGAGCCACUGUUGCCCCAGUGCGCGCGCUGUCUACCACGCCCGCCGUGUUCAAGCAGCGCCGCCUGCCUCCCGCCGAGGACCCUUACAACCACACGGCGCUCGCUGCGCUUCUCUCCCGCCUCUCCCUCCCCCCGUCCGAUAAGCUGCAGGCGUCGAUCCUCACUUGCCUGACCCACCCGUCGUUUGUCAACGCCCAAGGUGAGGAGACGGCCGACCACGAGACCAACGAGCUGCUCUCCAACCUCGGCAACUCACUCCUCGGCCUCUUUGCCAGCGAGGAUAUUGCUGCCCGUUACCCCAACCUCCCGUCCACCGCCCUCUCUAGCGCGGUGACGAGCUAUGUCGGGCCCACGUCGCUCGCGAGUGUCGCCCGCGAACUUGGUAUCAGCGCCACCCACGACAGCGCACCCAAGUACCACAACCAGGUGCAGGGUCUGCCGAUCCGGUGGCGCCGCGCUCUCGCAGUGCGCGAGCUCGCGGACACGCCGGUGUCGAGCAACUUCCGCGAGGCGUACAACGACCGUGCGGCUCGUCUUGACAAGGAGCGGGAGAGGAAGCGCAACUCGUGGGAGGAGGGUGUUGCCAGCGUCGUGCGCGCAUUCGUCGGCCUCAUCUACCAAGAACAGGGCCUGCACGCUGCGCGCGAGUUUGUCCACGCUCACUUUAUGAGCCGUCACGUCGACCUGACGCAUCUCUUCAAGAUUCGCAAGCCGAAGCACGUGCUCUCCAACGUCGUCUCAAAGCACCUGCACGACGCGGGUGUGCCUGCGUCGUCGUCGCUCGGCCGCAUCGAGUCUCGUGUCCUCGCAUCUACCGGUACCCACACGCAGUCGCCGCUGUUCAACAUUGGACUGUUUUUGCAGAACGGGCUCAAGCUCGCUGAGGGCCACGGUUCGUCAUUGGCCAUGGCCGAGCACCGCGCGGCCACCAAUGCGCUCCUCUCCCUCUUCCUCGUGCAAUCCGAGGCUGGGAGCACGCGACUGCCGACGAGCGCACACACCGAGCGGCCGAUCAGCAGCGAGGGGGUGACGCAGGCACAGGGGGAGGCGUGGGAGGGCAGCUAUGUGAGCUCGGGGGCGAGCGAGCCGGUGCAGGGCUUGGGAAACAGCAUCAGGCCACAAAGGUUUUAG